AGGACUUGUGAUGCAAAAGAGUCAUUGAGUGGAAUGGUUGAGAGAGAAUAUGGGCUUUAGUACCUACAUUUAAUAUCUGUUAUGCAUUUUGGUAAUGGAAUUUGUUGCCAAGAGGAAAGAAAGGUAGUCUAUGAGUAAUCUGGUAGUGAACUUUAAACCUGUGUUUUGUGACUGUAGUUAGAGUGGAAAUAUUAGUAUAUGUUGGGGAAGCACUAGUGGAUGACAUAAGGUGAAGAUUAACUAGGCUACGGUUUAGGUUAGUUGUUGCUAAAAUGGGGCAAGACGUUUUGUUGAUGUGAUGAGAUCAAGAAAUGAAAUAGAUUAUGUCAUUUAGUCUGGACGAUGUUUGCGAGGUAUUGAGAGGGAUUCAUAGUUUGGGUAGAAGUGGAGGAAGACAAUAGAUUGAAACAUGCAGAGAGCCCCUACUAGCUGAAUUUUGUUCCCCUGUGGGACAACUCAUUGUCUCCUGUCAACCUUAAGAAAAAUUUUCCUUGAUGGUUCCUUUAAGCUGGAAGGGCAGGCUAUUUGAUAUUAUGCAAUUUAUAUUGUCUUCAAGUUGCAAAAUGUAGUUUUCCUCUAGAUGUCAAAGGUUCUGUGCAGCACUAUGUGAACACAUCUUCUGUGGUUGUCAUAGAGCUUCAUCUUUCAAUGCUACAAGAGUGUACUCAUAUAAAUGGUUGUGCAAUUCUCUUCUAACUUUUCCAUUGCUUUGGCCUGUUCACCUGCAUCUUUUUUGAGUUCAACACUUCAACGGGACCAAAUGACAAAUUCACUUGGCAUGGUUGUAUCCAUUUGUUGCGAGAGAAUGAAACAGUUGUGAUCCAUGAAUAAUGUAGUAGCGAACUUUGAUUCUAUGUUUUGUGAUUGUAGUUGGUUUCUCUAAGGAAGUAUGUUUGGUGGAAAUAAGGAUUUUUGUCACGGAGCACCUGUAGAUGACAUAAGGUUCAAAUAUGAGGAGGGCUGCUGGCAGCUGGAUUUGGUCCCCUGUUGGACAACUCAACUCUGGGCUACAUUAAGAAAACUCCUCCGUAAUGGUUUCUUUGACUUGGAAGGGCAAGAGGUCCAAGAAUAUAGUUUUCAACCAGCAAUGAUGGUGGAAUUAUGGUGGUCUUUACUGGGGGCAGCUGUUCCAGCUGUACUGGCAGGUCAAGCUUUCAGGAUGAAGAAGAGACGAGAUGAUGAACAGAGGAUAAAGAGGGCCCGAGGACGCGAAAAGAACUCGGAUGACAUAUUUGUCUGCGAGAGGGUUUGUACUUCGAAGAGGAUGUUGAAGAAGGUUGGUGCGUUUUCUAAAGACCCAACGCCCGAUACCUGUGUCACUGUUUGUGGUGUUUCCGAGCUUGAUGCUUGCGCUGAUGCAUGUGCACGGACUGUCUGUGUUAACCAGCAUCAAGUGCCUAACUGGAAUGACAUUUGCCUGAAGAGGUGUCAAAGUGAGUGCCUUCGCCUCUCGACUUCUUCUUUGUCUUGAUCCGCAACCAUUUCUCUUUUUCUGCUCCUGCAUUUCUUCAAGAACUCUGUUGAAGACUGUAAACAAUCCUCUAAUGAAGGAUACCCAGCCAUUGAAACUGUGGAUUAUGUAUUUAUGUUAUACUCCAAGUGCUUUUUCCCUCCUAGCUUGAUUAUAAUAGCUUAGUGCAUUCCCCAUUUCCAAUA